AUGCCUGCGCACGACCUCGUGAGCUCGAAUCUAGCGCUCUCGCUGCGAGCGCAAGAGGGCGAUUUGGAGCAAGCCCAGCAGCUCUUCGAUCGAAUUCCAGCCCCAGAUUCCUUCUCCUGGAACACGCUCUUCAGCGCCUACGCUCACAGCGGCCACUUCCAAGCCGCCAGGGAUGUGUUCGAUCGAAACGCGAGGAACAGGGACGAGAUCUCGUGGGCUUCGCUCAUCGCCGCGUACGCGCAGCAAGGGCACGUCGAUCGAGCGCGCCAGAUCUUCGACAGAGUCCCAAAGCUCGAUGGAGUAGCGAUCUGGAACUCGAUGCUCGCCGCGUACGCACACCACGGCAAAGAUCCUCUCGACGCUUUCAGCCUCGUGAGUUCCAUGGCAGCGACGUUCCAAGCGCCGCCGGAUGGAGCAGCCUUUGCGGCAGUGUUGAUCGCGUGUAGCCGCGCCGGGGAUUUGGAGAGAGCCCAGGAGUUCUUCGCAUCCAUGGUGAGUGACUUCCAGAUCGAGCCGACCAAGCAGCACUACUGCUGCGUGGUGGAUCUCCUGGCAAGGUCGGGAUUCCUUGACACUGCCAGGGACGUCGCGACGAGCAUGCCAUUUGCUCCAGACGCUACCGAGUGGACGUGCUUGCUGGGAGCCUGGAAAAAUCACAAGCUCGAGCAAAGAGUUAGAGACCAAAAGUUUGUAACGCAAGCUUCUCACAAACUAUAA